AUGCUGCUACCAAAGUCUAUUCUCCUGCCGCUUCUGGCGGCGUGCACUGCCGCCGUUGAGAUUUCUGUUGCGUCGUCCGGGGGCAAUGUCACGACUAACUUGCAGUACGGUAUCAUGGAAGAGGAAAUCAAUCACUGUGGUGAAGGUGGUCUCUAUGCGGAAUUAAUUCGCAAUCGUGCCUUCCAGGGAAGCUCCAAGUACCCAUCAAACCUGGACGCGUGGACCGCUGUCAACGGAGCUACGUUGUCUCUCAAGAACCUCAGUGAUCCACUGUCAUCUGCGUUGCCUACCUCGGUCAACGUCAAGGGUAGCAAGGGCCAAGCAGGUCUCACCAACCUGGGCUGGUGGGGCAUUGAUGUCAGACCCCAAAAAUAUACCGGCUCUUUUUAUGUGAAGGGUGCCUACAACGGCAGCUUCACAGCGUCACUUCAGUCUGCACGUACAGGGAAAGUCUUUGCCAGUGCUAAGAUUGCGUCGCAUAGCGUUGAAGACAAAUGGGUGCAGCACAGCUUUACCCUUGUUCCUCAUAGCGCUGCCCCGGAUACCAACAAUACUUUCUCUCUUACUUUUGAUACAUCGAAAGCGGAAGACGGUGCGUUGGACUUUAAUCUCAUUAGCCUGUUCCCGCCUACCUGGAACAACCGCCCGAACGGACUCCGGAGAGAUCUGAUGCAGGCAAUGAAGGACUUUGGACCGAAAUUCCUACGCUUCCCUGGUGGUAACAAUCUGGAAGGUGACACCAUUGACGGUCGCUGGAAGUGGAAUGAGACCAUUGGGCCCCUUAAGGACCGUCCUGGUCGUGCCACUACGUGGGGAUACCAGGAAACCGGUGGAAUGGGCCUGGUCGAGUACAUGGAGUGGUGUGACGAUCUUGGAAUAGAGCCUAUCCUUGCGGUGUGGGCCGGUCUAGCGCUCAACGGCGACGUUGUCCCCGAAGACGAACUCCACGUGUAUGUGCAGGACGCCCUCGAUGAGCUUGAGUUCCUCACCGGCUCCGUGGAGACCAAGUAUGGAGCAUUGCGCGCUUCUGUUGGUCAUCCCGAACCCUGGGUCAUCAGAUAUGUCGAAGUUGGCAACGAGGAUAACCUGAACAACGGACUUGCCUCCUACUCAUCUUACCGGUUUAAAGCUUUCUAUGAUGCGAUCAAGGCCAAGUACCCUGACAUUACUGUCCUGGCGUCGACCAUUGAUCUGACCCUCCCUGGUGACGCUGGUGGUGACUACCAUUUGUACGAUAUUCCCGACAAUUUCAUCACUCGCUUCGGCUUCUUCGACAACAUGUCCGAGGAUCACCCAAUCCUGCUUGGUAAGUAUAACAAAGCCCAACCUAUAGCUCUGGCUAACCACAUGAUAGGCGAAAUUGCUGCGGUGCAGCAUAACGGGGCCGAAAUCGACUGGUCUAACAGACAGUUUUCCCUCUAUCCAUGGUGGAUUGGAAGCGUCGCGGAGGCCGUGUUCCUUCUGGGUGCCGAAAGAAACGCGCACAAGAUUCUCGGAACGACCUACGCACCCAUGCUCAUGAACCUGGACAACUAUGAGUGGUCCCCCACGUUCCUGGUCUUUAAUUCCGACCCUGAUCAGACAGCCCGCUCCACCAGCUGGCACGUUUAUGAUCUCUUCUCUCACACCCACAUGACCAACACCCUCCCCACCAAAUCCUCCGACAAGUAUGGGCCCCUCUACUAUGUCGCCGGUGUCGACAACAGCACCAACAGCCACAUCUUCAAGGCGGCCGUGUACAACAGCACCGCCGACGUGCCGGUCUCGCUGACUUUUGACGGCGUCAAAGCCGGCACCGCUGCUGAACUUACCCUGCUGACUGCGCCUGACCCGGUUUCCAUGAACGAGGUGGGUGGUGCCAAUCAGGUCCACAGCAAGGUGUCGACCCUGCGGGCUGGCAAACAAGGUGUUUUCGAAUUCAGCUUGCCGAAUCUGAGCGUGGCUGUCCUGAAGACCAAGGGCAACAAAUGA